AUCAUCUCCCAGUAUAUGGUAUCAUCAGACACUCCCCUGCAAUUGCCUAACCCUCGUGUUGUGGUUUUUAUUCUUUGGGGUUUUUAAGAGUAGCAUUUGUGUAUUUGUAUGUCGCUGGUGUUUUUGGGUUUGUGGAAUGAGCUGGGGUUAGGGGUCGGGGACGAAGAUUGGCAUUUAGUCGUGAAAACGAUGGUCUGUUAGUUAUCAUGGCGUUUGAAUUAGUGACAAAGGAAGUGCCAGGGGUGUGUUUUUUGGUAGAAAUUAGUGGGUGUUGUUGAGUUUCUGUGUAGCUCGAAGUUUUCGGUGACUUUUGAGCUUCGCCUGGAGGUUUUCACAAUUAGGCUUCCUCCUGCGCCGUGUCGCCGGCAGCAGCGUGUGUCGUGUGAGACUUCGUCGCUAGGUAUCAGUCAAGUUUUGGUAGGGAUGGGUUUUUCCUGCAGUAAUGUACUGCACAGGGAGGAGUUUGCUUUGCGGGUAGCGUCUAAGCCUUCUCUACAAAGAAACUCCUGGGUUUGCGCAAGCCUGGAUCACAAGCUUUUGAAGCUUAGGGUUAAUAUUGCAGUGCUGAUUGUAGGCGAGUUCUUGUGGAGGCUGACAGACCAUGGCGGCUAAAGUCACUUUCAUAAAUCAAAAUGACAAGUCUCGAUCCUUCAAGUUGAAUCUCUUCGGACCUGAGAAGAACCGUGUCAGAGUGAACAACGUGCUUGCAGUCUUCAAAUCCUCUGUGGCUAUUAUGGGAGACGGUAGCAUUAUGGAAGCCGACGACGACGGCCUAAGCAUGGACACUUUCGUUGCGGGGGGCACUUACACUCUCUCGCUCGUGCCUCAAGAUGCGGCCCCAUUAGCGGGAGCAGCGGAGGAACCACCUGUGAUGAUGCCAAUGCAGAAUUGGGGGGCUAACCCGGGAGGUAGCGCAAACUUGCCUUACGUUCAGGAGGAGGUGCGGCCAGUUGCAAAUUUGAACAUUAACGCUACAAAAGAGAAGCCCUUGCCUAAAGGAUUGAAAAGAGAUUUUCGAGGGAUCCCUUUGAUCGUUUCUGAGCAAGGAGGUCUUGAAACUGUGGAGCCGUCAUCAUCUCAUGUUGAUUCCAUGCAAGCGCCGCAGCACAACCCAGCGCAUCAACCUCAACAUCAAUCUCAUGAGGUUGGUGACCUUGUUGGAUUUCUCCAAGGCUCAUCUGGACAAGGAUUGCAAUUGUCUAAAGACGGAAGUAUUCCAGAAGGGGAAAGUGAAGAAGAUGUUGCUGGAAGCACUCCAUGCAUAGACGAUGGAAAAGCUUCUAGGGGACAUACUAGAUGUGUGAAAUGUGGCCACAGCAAAAACCCCUCUGCCAAGCUUCAAUGCACUCACUGUGGUGCCUACUUGCGAGACCAGACUAAAGCUCGAGUUGCCCAACGAUGGGCUAUGCUUAAGGAAAAGGCGAAAAGAGAGGGUCGCCUUGGAGACAAGGCAUGGCAAAGGAGAAAGAAGUAUGCAUUCGACAAGCUCACAGACCUCACAUUGCUGGACCUUGAGAAUACGUACUUCGCUUUGUUCAUGUCCCGCCGCAACCGGGAAGGUGAUAAGUUCUCAUAUGAUGGAUGGUACUCAGAAGGUGCUGGCAAAGAGUUUGUGACAACUGGAGAUGUCGAGGCAAUUUGGAAGAGCUUUGUUAAAAAGCACCACAAGCGAAAGUUGUUGCCAGCACACGAAUAUGAUGUUGGACACGUAGGCGGAGAGCUUGAGGCAGGUCCAGGCUAGAUUGGAAAUGGCGAAUCGCUGUGUUUUCUCUUACCUCAUUGUGCAGGGGAGAGGCCUGUUGUCAGUGUCUAGCAGCCCGCUUUGAACGAAUGAAUUGGGACAAUGCCUACGGCUGUGAAAGCCUAUUCACAAAUUGGCAUUGAGAUCUGGUAGCUAUUUCAUGCGAAGGUAGACCCGGUUUUACCUUUUGGACGGUGCUUUACCCUCAACUGAUCAGCACUGGUCUUAAGUGCUUUUUGCAUCAGAAACACCUACUGGUAUUUAUCAUGGCGGGAUUCUUAUUAUGUUCUAUUUUACAGCUCUGAAGCAGAACGCUUUUUUCUCCUUGGCUCAUAGUUUGAAGACUUUCUCGUGAAGGUCUAUAGAUACUGGUAGCUAAAGAAGAACCCUGUGUACAGUAAUAUCACUCCAACUUCAGAUUUUGUUGAGUGGAUGUUUUGUUGAUUUUGAGGAAUUGAUACAUCGAAAAAUUCAUGUUUUAUGAUA